CAUUUGUCCACAGAAAAUAAAGUCAAGAUCAGCUGAUUUGGGCAUCCAAGCUUGCCCAAUAUUGACAGGAGAAGACCAGUACAGCUUCUAGUCUAUCCAGUAAAGUCUUGUGGAGGCUUGCCGCAGCAGCUGUAGUAUCAUCUUCUAUCAGUGUAAGGGUGACAGGCAGUAGCGACAGCCAAGUCCUCCAGAAGCCUGCAUCACCUCAGUCAGGUGCAGACGGCUGCUCCCCAACCAUCGUCCAUCACUGAAAUCUGUGACUGAACCCAGAUGCAAUUGACACAAGCAGCUUGCUGUCUGAAUAGGCUGCCACAAGUCAAAGAAAACUCUACAUUGGACAGUGCAAACUCCCAAGCAGUGAACCUCUUAGUCUCCUGCCUGUGUGCAUAUCAAUCAUUCACCUUUUGUCAGUGGUAAUAGGUCACUACAGAGGUACGGGUCCUCCUCUGUUGUCACAGAGGCGGCUAGCUUCUGACUCCGAUGGUACCAGCUGGCGAGGGGGAGGUAACCGGUGACCUGACAAAGUCGCCCAAACGCCAGAACUCGUCUCUGUACGACCGAGUCCGGAAUAAGCUGAGCCGCUCACUGAGCAGCAGUGCUGCCGCUGCCUCACCAGAAAACGCCCGCAGCAAAUCUCCUACUCGGGUUUGGGUGUGCGCGCAGUGCACCCUCCACAAUCCCAGAUCGUCCGAGUCGUGUGAGGCGUGCAGAGCGACCCGUCCCGCGGCGCGACGGCCCGUCUCGGACGUGACGCCGCUCUCCGUGCAGGCCGCGCUGGCUCGGUUCGUGGCCUCGCGGGCCGUCGGCGGCUCGGGCUCCGACGGUCUGAACCGCUUCUCCAGCCACCUGGCCGGCGGCCGCUCCGACACCGUUGUUGGGAGACAGACGCUCGAUGCCGACUUCCAGUACCUGCCCGGCCAGCCGAUGCCGUCAGCGGAGUCUACCUCGGUGCCGGCCUCGUGGCGCUGCGCCCGCUGCACCUACAUCAACGCUCCCGGCUCGCUGCGCUGUGCUCUGUGCGCGGCGGCGGCGGCGGUGGUGGAGCGGCCCCCGCCAGCUGACUGGACAUGUUUGCGGUGUACUCUAGUGAACACACCCACAGCGAAACGGUGCGCAGCCUGCCGCAGUCGACCAUCCUCCGCGCCAGCCGCCGCCCCAGCCGCCCCCGCUGCCACUGCUCCUGCCACCGCCCCUGCCGCGACCGCCGCCUCCUCAGCCUCCAGCACCCGUCCCCCGCCGGCCACCGGACCUCCCCUCGUGCCCUCAUCAUCAGCCAGCUGGGCGUGCCCGACGUGCACCUACGGGAACGCGGCGGAUGACAGCCGCUGCGGCAUGUGUGGUGCGCCGCGGGUGGGAGGUACCAGAUCGGAUGGCGGUGCUGCCGUCCUGGCCAACCGGAGUGAGAGCGAGCUGGAGUCCGACCUCCGUAUAUGGGAGGAGCAGGGCGCUCGGCAGACGUGGAAACGGAUCGUCGACUUCUGUGUUCAGGACGGUGAGCCGUUCGUGGACGACUCGUUCCCUCCGGCGGCGCGCAGCCUCUACUACAGCGGCGCGGCGCCGGCCGAGCAGCGUCCCACCGUCCAGUGGCUGCGCCCGCGGCAGAUCCAGGCCGACAGCUCUACCUCGCGCUGGACUGUGUUCCGGCGACCGCAGCCGUCUCACAUACAACAGGGUAUCCUGGGCAACUGCUGGCUGCUCAGCGCGCUGGCGGUGCUUGCAGAGCGGGAGGAGCUCGUACAGAACGUGAUGGUUACCAAGGAGUUCUGCGAGCAGGGUGUCUAUCAGGUGCGACUUUGUAAGGACGGCCAGUGGCAAACGGUGCUGAUCGACGAUCUGCUGCCCUGUGAUGCCAAAGGACGACUGGUCUACUCACAGACGAAGCACCGCCAGCUGUGGGUGCCGCUCAUUGAGAAGGCUGUUGCCAAGGUACACGGCUGCUACGAGGCGUUAGUCUCAGGCCGGGCCAUCGAGGGACUGGCCACUCUCACCGGAGCGCCCUGCGACAGCAUCCCUCUUCAGGUAUCCUCUGUACCCAGUGAAGCGGAGGAGCUGGACCGGGAGCUCAUCUGGGCGCAGCUGCUCAGCUCUCGUGCCGCCGGCUUUCUGAUGGGUGCGUCCUGUGGCGGCGGCAAUAUGAAGGUGGUCGAUGCCGAGUUUAAGAAGAUGGGGCUGCGGCCACGACAUGCCUACUCCGUGCUGGACGUGCGGGAGGCGGCUGGGUACCGACUGCUGCGAUUACGGAACCCCUGGGGACACUACUCGUGGCGCGGACAGUGGAGUGAAGGCUCAGACGCCUGGACGCCCGAGCUGCGCGCGCAGCUGUCGGCAGGCGGAGGCGGGGAUGGUGGUGGGGUGUUCUGGAUCAGCUACGACGACCUCCUGACCUAUUUCGACUGUAUCGACAUCUGUAAGGUGCGCCGCGACUGGCACGAGGUUCGCCUCACAGGCCUGCUGCCUCCUCUCAGCUCACCACGCCACCUGGGCGCUUACCUUCUCACCGUUACCGAACCCACGGAGCUGGAGCUCACACUGUUCCAGCAGGGCCAGAGAAACUCGGAGAAGGCUGUGCGACUUCAGUUGGACCUGUGUGUGGCGGUGUUUAACGCUCCCGACCGGCCGCCUUUCUGUCCAGGGAAACUGGUGCAGCACUCGCGGCGACAGGUGCGCGGCUUCGUCGGCUGUCACGCCAUGCUGGAGCCCGGUAACUACCUGGUGGUCUGUGUGGCGUUCAACCACUGGCAGACGGCGGUGGCGGCCGGAGCCGAGCAGCGCUACCCCGGGCACGUACUGUCUCUCCACUCGGGUCGCCACCUCAGCGUGCAGCUUGCGCCGCCAGAGAACCACCUGCUGGCGGACACCAUUAUACAGCUGACACUGACGCGGGGACAGCGACACGAGGGCCGCGAGGGGAUGACGGCCUACUACCUCACCAAGGGCUGGGCCGGCCUGGUGGUGGUAGUGGAGAACCGCCACUCGGACCGCUACAUUCAGGUGGCGUGCGACUGCAGCGAGAGCUACAACGUGGUCAGCACGCGGGCCCAGCUGCGCACUGCCGACGCCGUGCCGCCACUGCACCGACAGGUGAUCAUAGUUCUGACGCAGCUAGAGGGCAGUGGCGGCUUCUCCAUCACGCAUCGUCUCACGCACCGCGUCUCUUUCUCGGGCGGCCUGGCCGACUGGGGGCCGGCCGGCGCCGCUCAUCAGCCACCCAUCGGCUCGGACGUGGCCGGGCUGCACAGUCCACGGCCCAUCUGAGAGGUGGUGGAAGAUUCGACUGUCUCUCGUCUGUCGUCGUCCAGCUGAGUGUCCAGUGCGGGGUCGUGCUGCCGUGGAGGGUGGGGAGGGGAUGGGAGAGUAGUGCCGGUGGUGAAUUCGAUGGCUGAGAGGGGAGGGGGCGUUGUGAAGAGAGGCGACCGCCGGUGAUCGGGAUGGGCCGCUGUGGUGUGGUGUGGUCCAGCCACCAGCGAUGCCCGGUUGAUGUGACAGGCCUACCCAGCUGCCCCGGCCAUCCUCCACCGGCACACUGGACCUCUAUCGUACCGACUAGCUCCUGAUGAACCGUGAAACAGUGCUCUCAUCUGUAUCGCUAUAGUGAAACCAGUGACGCACAUAGAAAAGUCGACUCAAACAGGCAUCAUCAUCCGUCCAUCAGUUUCGCAAUACCUUCAAUUUUCUACUUCCUUCGAAUCAUCUCAUGUACUUUUGGAUUUCGUCUUUAUUCUCAUCCACGUUCUUUUUACGCUAAACGAUUCACUCUCGACAGUUACAUCUCUUUCACGUUUGCGUGUGCUUAGUUUGUUUCCCAUCUGUGCGAUAUUUGUUUUAUUUGGCAUAAAUACUUAGGUGCAUCAAACUUAGGGUAGGUAGUGCUUCACUGCGAAAAGCUAGGCGGCAGCAAAGCAGAUCUCGUGUUUGGAGUGUCAUGUCAACUUUGCAUUGCUUUAUGGUUUAACUUCCGCAUUGUUUGAUCAACCAUAUUUUACUAAGUCAUGUAGAGAUACUUAAGCAUUUUUUGGCCGAAUAUUAGUAGCAGGCUACCUUUCCGUCUGAAUGAUGAAAGUCCUGUUAGCGACCCCCGGUUGCAUUGCAAGAAACCAUCAUCUUAUCGUGGAUUGCAGGAUAUUAUUGUUCGACCGUAGAUUUAGUUAGUUUUCAUCUAGGUUCGACUGGUCAAUAUCGAUAUUACCCCACUUAAUUGCCGCACGACUGUCUGGCUCGGGUUCCGUCGGCGCGCGUGUGCUGAUCGAUGAAGUGUCGCUCACAACAGGUAGUAAGUCGCUGAGCCAAUGUCUAGCCCGCUCAACAGUUAGCCGUUGUCAGGGUCCGUAGCCUCUGCCGUGGUCCUUAGCCUCUGCCGCUGCCGUGGUCCAUACCCCGAAUUCGGAGUCUACCGGACGACGAAGAUUCUACGUCGUCCGGCCAGUGGCGUUCGAGGUCAGCAGGGGCUUGGCUUCGGUUAUCGAACGGGAUUGGCCGGACGACGUAGAAUGUUCUUCGUCCGGGGAGGCUGCGAACGCGCCCAUAGUCUCAGCCGCUACCGUGGUCCAUAGCCUCUGCCGCUGGCGGGGUCCGUAGCCUCUGCCGAGGUCUGUAGCCUCGCUUGCCUCAGCUCUCAGGUACUAACGCAUAACAAGCCGGUGAAAGUGAUGGAACUGAAGAUUGGCUGAACUCUGGAGCAUUAUGCCCUUCGGAAUGGGUCCGCCGGUGUCACAACGUGUGAUGUUAUGUUUCUCUGUGGUGGAAAACAUGUGACCAUUUAUAUUCGCUAUUGAUCAGAACAUAAUUAAGAUAAAGGUACGCACAGCCAGCUAAUUGACAUGAAUGUUGUAUGAAUAUCUUUGGUGAUUUUCGUAGUGUGAACCAUUUUAACACUGACUUUAAGUGUGACCUUUCUUUAAGUGUGACCUUUUUGUGUCCGAAAUGUAUGCAUUUCCAUGCUACCCAUUGGUGUGUAUGUAUUUACAAUCAACUUGUUUGUGUUUUCGGUGCGUAUAAUUGGGUGAUGACUGAGGCUGGCCUCCAAAAACGACAAUGACUAUAUGUUUGGAUAAGUGGCCUCUGGGAUACAUUUUCGCAAAGACAGUAUUCUUCGUGUUCAUCGGUAUGUCGCACUCGUGUUACCCCGUAUCUUAUUGUGAAUGUCUGGCUAGUCGCCUGUGAACUAGAGGCUGAGCGCUGUUCAAUGACCAGGAAUCGUAACAUGACCCGAUUGCGAAGAGGGUGUACCAGGGACGGUCUAUCACUGUCACUUGUGUCGCAGUAGCGUAAGGUAUCGUGUUCACCUCUGGGGGUCAUCAGCUGUCUGUGUGACGAUGUCUGAUCGUUGACUGUUUGUGUUAUCUUACCCCGCGCUGGUCAAGUUUGAUACGUAUUGUCGUUGAUCAAUGUUGCAUCUGUUUAUCGUGUAUGCCAAGCGUUUGCCAGAACUAGGGAGGACUCUUAUGUAACGGUCGCUACACAGAUGUGUGCGCGCUGGCUGAGAGAAAGUGCAGGAUCCUUGAAGGAUACCCGCUCGGCUGUCUGGCAGAAUAGUCAACCACUGGUCCUAGCUAGAUAAUGUGACGUCACCAAUAUGCUAAAACUCGUCCUCUGGUUGGUAGCGGAAGCUUCUAGCCCAAUGAUGAACCAUCGGCAUCGAAUGUCAAAAUCAAAAGCUUAUCGCUGAGGGCCAGUGAACUGCCAUUCAGGUGGCUCGUUUACACCGGCUGAAUGUGUCAGAUGACUGAUUGGUCGUCUGCGGAAAAUAUACCGUCUUAUAUCUUG